AUGGAUGAUACAGAAGGAAAAGGAAAUUUCCUGGAGCUAGUUUUACUAUUGGCAAAAUAUGACGAUAUAUUGAAACAUCAUGUGGAUAUGGCAGCUAAGGACGCAUUGUCAAGAAAAGAAAAGUAUAAAGACAUCCAUGGCCGAGGUAAUUUAAUUACAUUUUUCGGCAAAACAACUAUAAAUACAAUAAUAACUAUAAUCGGAAAUGAAAUUAAAUUAAGAGUAGCAAACGAAGUUAAAAAGCUGGAAAUUAUAGUGUUCAAAUUGAUUCAACCCAGGAUGGUGAUUGAACAAUGUUCAAGUAUAGUUAGAGAGUGA